AUGAAACACCACCGACAUGGUCAUUGGGUCGCCGAACACAAAGCCCAGCGUCUUCUGUCCAUUGUACACUUCGCAUAUCCCAUCCUACUGCUCUUCUUCUUCCUCACCACUUUCACCAUUCGCAGCAUCUUGACUGCCAGGAGUGACGCACCCGAUGAUAGCAAAUCCGAACCGCAACUGGGCCCUGGCGGCAAGCCUUUGCCCAAGAAGAAAGCACCCGUCGACAACUCCAAGAAUACUUUCCUUGAUUUUAGCAGACCGCGCAAGUUGCUCUUCCAGUGGUUGUCUCUGGCAGCAACUCUCACCCUCGCUGGCAAUGCAGUCACCGUAGUAGUUCAUGCCCUGUAUGCGCGCAAGGAAGAAUGGUGGUGUGGACAAGCCACAGUUGUCUACAUCGUCGGUGCAUUCAUGGUCUACACUCUGCUCCUCAUCUCCAUCUUCGAUACACAGCCCUCUCCCACCUGGGCCCAUGCUUCAACAUGGGCUCUUGCUGCCGCAAUGGAAAUUGUUCUACUCGCUUCCUCGUUCGCCCUGUAUACCCAUGCACACCACGAACCCAAAGCAGGAGACCCGUCCGGUGGUCACCUAGAAAGAGAAAUGACUGAAUGGGAAAUCACUGAAGUCACAUUGGAUCUGGUCCGCAUCAUCCUGCUCCUCGCCCUUUUGGCAUUCUACAUUCUUUUUGUCACUCUGCAUGCGAGAAGCCAAAGAAAGCAGACCGAAAACCUCGAUUCUACAAGUGAAACCACUGGACUUCUUGCUGAAGAUCGUGCUGAGGCUGGCGCCGCCAACGGAUCUGCCAACGGAGCUAAUGGAUACGGUGCAACACAGCAAAACGGGCACAACAAACCUAAGAAGGCUGCAGACGCCCCUGCUGGUUGGGAAAAGCCAACAACAACACCUUCUAGAAGUUGGUGGGAAUAUAUCAGAGGUUACUCCCUAUUCUUCCCAUACCUCUGGCCUUCCAAAGACCGCAGGCUACAGUUCGCUGUCAUCGUCUGUUUCACCAUCAUGCUUGUUCAACGCGGUAUUCAAUUUUUGGUGCCCAUUCAGGCUGGUCAAAUAACUGAUGAGCUUGCUGAUGAUACCAAAACUGGCAUGCCUUGGAAAUCCAUCUGUCUCUAUAUCUUCUAUCGCCUUCUUCAGGGAAACAAUGGUUUGCUUGGUGCGACUCGAUCCAUCAUCUGGAUUCCGGUCAGUCAAUACUCUUUCCGCGAGCUUUCAGUUGCCUCCUUCGAACAUGUCCAUAGUUUGAGCUUGGAUUUCCACCUGGGCAAGAAGACUGGCGAGGUUCUGUCUGCUCUGGGUAAGGGUAACGCCAUCAACAACUUCCUCGAAUCGGUCACUUUCCAAGUAAUCCCCAUGCUGGUUGACCUCUUCAUCGCCAUCGGUUACUUUAUGAUCAAAUUCGAUGUCUACUAUGCAUUGAUCGUCGCUGUUGUCACCUUCUGGUAUAUCUACCUGACCAUUCGCAUGGCUCAAUGGCGUGCAGAGAUUCGCAGACAGAUGGUGAACUCAGACAGAGAAAUCGAUGCUGUCAAAAAUGACUCUAUGGUCUCAUACGAGACCGUCAAGUACUUCAAUGCCGAAGCGUACGAGUUUAACAGAUACCGCGAGGCAGUUGACAAAUACCAGAAAGCAGAAUACUCAGUUGUUCUCUCACUGAACUUCAUGAACGUCACACAAAACAUGGUCUUCAUGAUUGGUUUGAUGGUUGCAAGUUUCGUUGCUGCUUACCAAGUCACUACCGGUCAACGCAGCGUCGGUAAAUUUGUUAUUCUAUUGACAUACAUGGCUCAAUUGCAGGGACCUCUGAACUUCUUUGGCACCUUCUACCGCAUGAUUCAGAGUGCCAUGAUCAAUUCCGAGCGCAUGCUUGAGCUGUUCAAAGAGCAGCCAACCGUUGUAGAUGCUCCAGGAGUCACGACUUUGCCUAGUUGCGAAGGUGAUGUACGUUUCAAUGAUGUUCACUUCUCCUACGACUCCCGCAAGCCUGCUCUCAAGGGAUUGGACUUCCAUUGUAAGCCUGGAACUACAACUGCUCUGGUUGGAGAAUCUGGCGGCGGCAAGUCAACUGUCUUCCGUCUGCUCUUCCGCUUCUACAACUCUGAGUCUGGCACAAUCCAGAUUGAUGGUCACGAUGUUGCCGAUGUGUCUAUCGAUAGUGUUCGCAGACACAUUGGUGUUGUUCCUCAAGACACAGUCCUCUUCAACGAAACACUAAUGUAUAACCUCAAGUACGCCAAUCCCGAAGCCAGCGACGAGGAUGUCUUCGAAGCCUGCAAGGCCGCCUCGAUUCAUGAAAAGAUUCUUUCAUUCCCAGACGGCUAUAACACUAAGGUUGGUGAGCGUGGUCUGCGUCUGUCCGGUGGUGAAAAACAGCGUGUUGCAAUUGCUCGCACCAUUAUCAAGGAUCCUCGCAUCAUUCUGCUCGAUGAAGCUACUGCCGCUUUGGACACCGAGACCGAAGAACACAUUCAGGAGGCUCUCAUGACUCUGGCUCAAGGCAGAACAAUGCUCGUGAUUGCGCAUCGUCUUUCGACUAUCACCAUGGCUGACCAGAUCUGCGUUCUUCACGAAGGUCGUGUGGCUGAGCGAGGCACACACCAAGAACUGCUUGAGAUGAAGGGCAAGUACCACUCGAUGUGGCGCAAGCAAGUCCGCGCUCAGAGAGCAGCUGAAGAAGCCAAAGUACUCAAGGACAAAGCUGAGAGACUACGAAGAGAGAGCCGAGGUGGUGAAGUACCACAAGAAGGCGACACUUCGGCUGGCAGCAGUGAAGACGAAAAGGAGAGACAACGAAGCGCACAGAAGUCUCAAAACAUGCAGGCUCCUGUCGAUGCUGGUGUGGCUCCUACAGAGCUUGCACGACACCAAGAAGGAAGUAGCAAACCACCCGGGCAUCCUUGA